UUGGAGCAUCAACAUCAACAUAAUGAAAUAGUAAACAACGAAAUUCAAACAAACCAUCUUUCUUAUCAAUGCUCGCCGCCAUCGUCGGAAAAGCGAAACGAAAAGGAGAAUGACAACAGAAAGUCACAGGUACACAUUAAAGAGCCGCAUGAAAAGGUGCAGAAGCCAACUGUCGGGGACAGUAGUAGUGGUGGAAAUAUCCAAAACGCAGCACCAAAUCGACAGAAUUAUGCAAAAAGGCAAAGUAUUUCAGGUCGUGGCGCUGAGAGCGGCAAAAGCUCACCUUCACACGUCGGGCGAAAUGCAAGUGCGGCAGUUGGAACUGGUACCAGUGUUAUUGUUGAAAUAGAUGGCAAUCGUAGCGCUGGCGGCGUUGGUGGCGGUAAGGCGCGUGAGCUUUCGCCCACACCGAAAAAUCAAGGGCAACGUAAAAUGUCGCAGGACUUUCGUGCGCGUGCUGGUAGUUUUAUACAUGUCGACGAGGAGGGGCGCAGCAUACUCAUACGGAAGCCUGUACGUCUGAAGAAUAUCGAAGGCCGACCAGAGGUUUAUGAUACUCUACACUGUAAGGCCAAAGAGGCUCUAUCUUGUUCGAAGGCAACAUGCAUGAGCAGUGUUAUGGCCCUUGGCACGGCCCCAGUUGAAGCGCGUAAACCUGAUGUGGUAUUGGAGCAUGCAAAAGAUUUUUUGGAUCAAUAUUUUACAUCAAUCAAGAGAGCUUCCAGCGUCGCUCAUGAUGCCCGUUGGAAACAGGUGCGUCAAAAUAUCGAAUCCAGCGGCUCUUAUCAACUCACUGAAACCGAAUUGAUUUAUGGUGCAAAAUUGGCUUGGCGCAAUUCAUCUCGCUGCAUUGGACGCAUACAAUGGUCUAAAUUGCAGGUUUUCGAUUGCCGCUAUGUCACCACAACGAGUGGAAUGUUCGAAGCAAUAUGCAAUCACAUUAAAUAUGCGACGAACAAAGGAAAUCUCAGAUCUGCAAUCACAAUAUUCCCACAGCGAACGGAUGGCCGACAUGACUAUCGUAUUUGGAAUAGUCAGCUCAUUUCAUAUGCUGGAUAUAAACAACCGGAUGGUAAAAUUAUUGGUGAUCCUAUGAAUGCGGAAUUCACGGAGGUUUGUCUCAAAUUGGGUUGGAAGGGCAAAGGUAAUGACUGGGACAUUUUACCGUUAGUUGUGUCGGCGAAUGGCCACGAUCCGGACUAUUUCGAUUAUCCACCGGAAUUAAUAUUGGAAGUACCGUUAAGUCAUCCCAAAUUUGAGUGGUUCGCAGAGUUGAGCCUUCGUUGGUACGCUGUACCCGCAGUCUCGUCGAUGCUCUUCGAUGUCGGUGGACUCCAGUUCACAGCGACCACCUUCAGCGGUUGGUAUAUGUCAACGGAAAUUGGUUGCCGGAAUUUGUGUGACACGAAUCGUCGCAAUAUGUUAGAGACUAUUGCGUUGAAGAUGAAUUUGGAUACACGCACACCCACCUCCUUGUGGAAGGAUAAGGCUCUUGUAGAGGCGAAUAUCGCCGUACUGCAUUCCUAUCAAAGUCACAAUAUUACCAUUGUGGAUCAUCAUACGGCCAGCGAGAGUUUUAUGAAACAUUUCGAGAAUGAAUCAAAAUUGCGAAAUGGCUGUCCAGCUGAUUGGAUAUGGAUUGUACCGCCUAUGUCUGGUUCAAUUACGCCUGUCUUUCAUCAGGAAAUGGCUUUAUAUUAUUUAAAACCAUCAUUUGAAUAUCAGGAUCCAGCAUGGCGUACGCAUAUAUGGAAGAAGGGACGUGGUGAGGGCAAGAGCAAGAAACCGAGACGUAAAUUUAAUUUCAAACAAAUUGCAAGAGCUGUGAAAUUCACAUCGAAAUUAUUUGGCCGUGCAUUGUCAAAACGUAUUAAGGCGACUGUUUUAUAUGCAACCGAAACGGGCAAAUCUGAGCAAUAUGCAAAACAGCUGUGUGAAUUAUUAGGACAUGCGUUCAAUGCACAGAUCUACUGCAUGUCCGACUAUGACAUAUCAUCUAUUGAGCAUGAAGCAUUGCUGAUUGUUGUAGCAUCAACAUUUGGCAAUGGCGAUCCGCCAGAGAAUGGAGAGCUUUUCUCACAGGAAUUAUAUGCAAUGCGUGUGCAAGAGGGCAGCGGUGAUGGCCAGGAUUCCAGCAUCGGCGUUAGUUCAUCUAAAUCCUUUAUGAAAGCCAGCUCAAGGCAAGAUUUAAUUAAGUUACCCGUACAACAAGUGAAGAAAAUCGAUCGUUGGGAUUCAUUACGCGGUUCGACGUCUGACACUUUUACGGAGGAGAAUUUCGGUCCAUUGUCUAAUGUGAGAUUUGCGGUGUUUGCUUUGGGUUCCUCUGCUUAUCCUAACUUUUGCGCUUUUGGUCAAUAUGUGGACAAUGUACUGGGUGAGUUGGGCGGUGAACGCCUGUUAAAGAUGGCAUAUGGAGAUGAGAUGUGUGGUCAAGAGCAAUCUUUCCGUAGAUGGGCGCCAGAGGUAUUUAAGCUCGCCUGCGAAACCUUUUGUUUAGAUCCAGAAGAAAGCUUAUCGGAUGCGUCGCUGGCUUUACAAAAUGAGUCGCUCACUGUGAAUACCGUGCGCUUGGUGCCAUCGAAAACGCGUGGCUCACUAGAAGAGUUGCUUUCCAAAUUCCACAACAAGAAAGUAUAUUGUUGCCAAAUAAAAGAGCCACCACUCAAUCUUACCAACACCGGCAACGGUGAGAAGACUACAAUACUGUUGAAAAUCAAUGCGCCUGGCUUGGAAUAUGAGCCGGGCGAUCAUGUUGGCAUAUUCCCCGCUAAUCGGGCAGAAAUUGUUGAUGGCAUACUGAAACGAUUGACUGGUGUAGAGGAUGCAGAUGAAGUGUUGCAAUUGCAGUUACUCAAGGAGAAGCACACAUCGAACGGCAUAUUCAAAUUGUGGGAAUCUCACGACAAAGUGCCACCGGAUUCCGUGCGAAAUCUACUGUUACGUUUCUUUGAUGUGACUACACCACCAACACGUCAAAUGCUCACUUUGCUCUCCGGAUUCUGUGGUGACAAUCAGGAUAAGGAACGUUUACAAUUGCUGGCCACUGAUUCGUCCGCCUAUGAGGAUUGGCGCCACUGGCGUUUGCCACAUUUACUGGAAGUGCUUGCUGAAUUUCCCUCAUGCAAACCACCCGCAACGCUUGUGCUGGUCAACCUAAUGCCGUUACAAGCACGAUUUUACUCGAUCUCAUCGUCACCGCGAAAGGUAAACAACGAAAUUCAUUUGACGGUAGCCAUUGUACGUUACCGUUCAGAGGAUGGCAGCGGCGAUGAGCGCUAUGGCGUGUGCUCAAACUACUUGUCUGGCCUUCAGGAGGCCGAUGAAUUGCAUAUGUUUGUUCGUAGUGCGCCUAGUUUUCAUUUACCUGCCGAACAUGCACGACCUAUAGUUCUUAUUGGUCCUGGUACGGGUAUUGCGCCGUUCCGGUCUUUCUGGCAGGAAUUUGAGAUGUUACGUGAGAUGAAUGCAGAUGUACCGUUACCGAAAGUUUGGCUCUUCUUCGGCUGUCGCAAUCGUGAUGUCGAUCUGUAUGCUGAUGAGAAGACGCAGAUGUUGAAUGAUAAAAUUUUGGAUCGCGUUUUUUUGGCACUUUCACGGGAGCCCAACAUACAAAAAACCUACGUACAGGAUUUGAUUGAAAAGGAAUUCAGUUCACUUUAUAAGCUGAUUGUGGAGGAGCAAGGUCACAUUUACGUUUGUGGAGAUGUCACAAUGGCGGAACAUGUUUACCAAACGAUAAGGAAGUGCAUUGCUAGGAAAGAGCAAAAACCCGAAACGGAAGUCGAGACAUUUAUGCUAACAUUGCGGGACGCCAACCGUUAUCACGAGGACAUAUUCGGAAUCACACUUCGUACGGCCGAAAUCCAUACCAAAUCCAGGGCGACAGCACGCAUACGCAUGGCAUCGCAGCCAUAAGCGCAGCAGCGACACUUCAAAAUCAUAUUUAAAUUACAAAUUUCAAAUUGUUAAUUAACAAAAACUAAUCAAUGUUCCAGAUCCU